ACCUUUGACCUGCGCGGAGGGCUUGUCAGAGAGCAUCAGAGGUCGCGACUCCCAGGCCACGCCCCCUCUGGUGUCUCCAAGACGACGGGCUCGCUCUGCCCCGCCCACUCCCAGAAAGAGCCAAUCAGGCGCUGGCACAGCCCGGACACCAGGAAGAGAGUGCGCUUCGCUGAUUGGCUGGGGCUGGAGCUGACAUCAGUCAUCCACUACAGCCAACAGUCACAGGACCAAGACAGUGACAGUGAAAAGGAAGGUUCUGAUUGGUCGACGCAGGACACACCCACUGCCAGCAAAGAACCAAUGACAUGGCCUUCUCAGCAUCUUCCCUUCCAAUCCUGCUUUGCCGAACCUCAGUUUUCCGACCCAGUCUCUCGUCCGGAAUUCCAUUCCCUGGUUCGGGAACGUCGGAUUUGCCUGGAAUCAGCACGCGUGGAAAGCCUCUGCGUUUCCGGUUCGGCUCGCGUUUUGAACCUGGCUUUCCAGAAGGAGGUCUGUGUCCGAUAUUCCUUAGACAACUGGGCCACCUACUCUGAAAUCCAGGCUUCCUACCUCCCCCCGAGUCGGGACUCCUACGGGUUUGGGAUUGGGGAUUCUGUGGGGAUGGACCGUUUCCACUUUCGGCUUCCCCUGCCCCCCCGGGAUCCCCCCUAUCUCAAAACGGGACAUCCCGAGCAGCUCCCCAGCUUGAAGUUUGCGCUGUGUUACAGAGUCUUGGGGCAAGAAUACUGGGACAGCAAUGAAGGGGUUAACUACGCAGUGUGCUGGCGGACGAUGCUGCCACCCUCGAUGCUGACAGAUGAAAACAGCGCCUGGAUUCAUUUUAUAUAGCGCACACCAUACGAAACAAAACAGAAAAUUCUCUAAAUUGUACCUGCUCUUCCAUUGACCCUCAGAUGUGUAAUUUUGAGAGAGAAAACGCAAUGCCAGACCACACACAGGGAUAUUUCCAUUGGAAAAAAAACACUGGGUACUACACUAAGUUCUCAGUUUGCUUGCUUUGCCUUCAAUUCAUGUUGUAAUCCAUUCAGAGGAAAAAAAUAAAUAAAAUGC